UAUUAUCAUUUAUCUGUUUUUCUGUUGAUUUUCUUAGUUGAUGAAAUAUUGGUAUUGAAACUAUUUAUGUAUGUAUUUCUUAAACCAGUCAUACUCUUACAUGCUGCAAUCAAACUAAUGAUAAACAAUUAUCCUCAUAACAGGUAGAAAUUGACCAGUCCCUGACCCUUGCUCUCUACAUGACCAGUCCCCUACUGUGUGAUGGACCAAUCAGAGGCCAAUUAUACACAUCUCAUUAUAUUAUUAACCUUGAAUGAGUUAACAGGGUAUUAUGAGGGUCAGAUGGUAUAUGGUUAACAAUAAGGACAAAGGUCACCAUAGUGCAUUGGGAUACCAGAGUUAAGGGUGUGGAAACCGAAAAUGAACAUUUUAGGUUAACUCUGACCUCAGAAGUAAUUUAAUGACUCAAUGACGUUAAUAAAUUAAGAAAAGUGGAGUUUUAUUUUGAAUAACAAUGGGAAAUCUGAGAGAACAGGAUGAGUAAUACACGAGUACAGAUAUAAAGAUAUAUAGACCUUUAAUCAGAAUGGCAGCUGGGGAUCUAGAAACCCCACACAGGGACGAGAGUCACAAUGAUGUCCACGAGGAUGUCGGCCAAGGUGCCAUCUUAUUUAGAAACUAUAAACUCAAACAAUACAAGAUGAAAAGCUCUCAGUUGCGCGCCAGUUCCCCCACGUGCUCUGAUAUUUCCGAGUCAGGCUCUGGGAGGGAUGACUCUGGGGUGGAAAGCAUAUCCAGAUCUCAACGUAGCCCAAUCUCUGAAUUUUCUGAUCUCAAUAGCGAUAAACUUGAUGAUAUUCGUAGUCGUAGCGAUAGCUGUGGAAGUCGAAUUAGCAGCUUCUCCGACACAAGUAACUACUCCAGAGGAGAGCCUCCAAUGUUGAAAAGGGAACACCCGGAAAUACAUGGUUUGAAUCGCAGUCUCUUAGACAUGCAGUCUCUCUGUGAGCGUAAACGAUUUGAAGAGUUCGCAAUGAAAAUCAAGAGUGAGCCUAGCCAAGGGGAGCCAACGUCACAACAAAUGAGAUACAUGAGUCCGUCCAUGGCGUAUGGAAACCCAAUGAAUGGUUUGAGUGCCCUCGGUGGGCUGAACAUGAAUAGCAUGGAGGGACUAAGCCGAAUGGCCCAAAUUAAUAGCUUUAAUAUGAACAACAUGCAAAGUAACGGUGGAAAUCACGCGGGUAUGAAGUUCAUACCUGUCAUGUCUAGUAUGCCUAGUGGACUCCCCCCGAUGAUGUCCCCAGUCAUGAUGCAAUCAUCACCCAAUAUGAUGGAAGGACUCUCCCCCGGAGCCUUCCACCCUCACUCCCACCCUAGCAUGCAACACCCAUCCAUGAAAACACCAUUCCAUCCAAAUGGGCUCAAUAUUAAAUCGGAGUUUCUGAAUGAGCCCAAGUUCAACUCUCUUCAGCAAGAAAGCCCGAGAAAUACUCCUCCGGCGCCACCUACCCAUACACCUCGUACCAAAGAAGAGGAGCUAGAAAUGAAACGACGAUUCUACGCCAAUUACAACCUCGAUUUUCAUGAGAUUGAGGCUAAAUGCCGAGCACAGAUAGCUAGUCAGGCUGAGGAAGCUCACAAUGGAUGCGACAGUGACAACGAUGAACCUAUGGCGUGUGGAAUUUGUAAUGAUAAAGCCACAGGGCUUCAUUACGGAAUCAUCACUUGCGAAGGGUGCAAGGGUUUUUUCAAACGAACUGUCCAAAACAAGAGGGUCUACACAUGUAUAGCUGAUGGGAACUGUGAAGUGACAAAAACACAAAGAAACCGCUGCCAGUAUUGCCGAUUUAAGAAAUGCUUACAAAGUGGAAUGGUCUUAGCAGCUGUGCGAGAAGACAGAAUGCCAGGAGGACGUAAUUCUGGGGCUGUCUAUAAUCUAUACAAGGUCAAAUAUAAACGUCAUAAGAAGCGUAAUGAAGCCAAGAAACAACGUCUCCAACAGCUGGCAUCUCAGAAUGGAUCUCUUGCCCAUGGGUCUCUCCCCUCUUUACCCUCUUCGGGCCUUGCUAGCAUUCCCACCUCCCAUAGUGAAGAGUUCAUGCCUCCUUUGAAGCGCAUGGCUAUCGAAGCUGCAGCAGCUGCUCGUGCAGAGUUCACAAGAUCAUCGCAUGGCGCUUACGAGAAUCGCAACGAAGUGUAUAAUAAUAGUAAUUCAGCAUAUUCUGACAGCCAAUCACAAUGUAUAGAUUUAUCUCAGAAAUCAUCAUCAAUUUCAUCUUCUCCAAGCAUGAGGUCGCCACCCCCAAUGCUGGAAGUUACAGACCCCAAUUCAUCUACCUCAGGAACACCCUCUCAGAAUGGAUCUCAGCUAGAGGCCCCACCCCCAAGACAAGUCAGCCCCAGCCCCCAGAAGCAGCAAUCACGAUACAGCUUACCUCCAACAAACCUCUCACAGAUUGUUGGAGAGCUUAUCGCAUGUGAAAAGGAGAUGGAUACAUCCGCAGCUCAAAUGGACUUUCUAGCUCAGAAUGAGGACUCUCUUAUGAAAGCAAUGUGCAAAUUAGGCGACUCAAUCGUAACGCAACUUGUAAAGUGGACCAAACAUCUGCCAUUCUAUAGUGACAUUCCACUUGCCGUACACACCCAAUUACUCACGAGUAAAUGGCAUGAAAUUCUACUACUAAUCACAUCAGCUCAACACGCGCUCACAACCACCGACAAUCAAUCUCUCGGCGACUUUAACACAUACUUCAAAAGUAACAUGGAAAAGCUGCAAUACUAUCUUAACAAUGUGCUUGGGAAGGCUAUCACAGUGGAGGAACUGGACCAAGAGGUGGGGGACAUGAUGGAGAAAGUCUCGAGAGUUGGCCAUAACUUUGCCAGGAUGAGGCUGAAUAAAGCGGAAUACGUCUGCUUGAAAGUUAUUUUGUUACUUAAUCAAGAUCCUAACCCAGAUCAUCCUUCUCUUGUGGCAAUCAAGGACUUUUACAUGGCGGUGUUACGUGAUGUCAUAAUGCAGCAACACCCUGGGAACACAGAACGAUUUUGUGACCUUCUUGCCCAACUUCCCCAGAUACAGAAUGCAUCAUCACUUUUACUGCAGAGUAAAAUGAUCUACAUUCCAUUCCUUCUCAAUACAAUGAAGUCAUAA